CUGUCAAAUGAAGAUUGUCGUUUUGGGAUUGUUUUGUUUGUAGAACAAUUCGUUUGUUUACUAUUUAUUAUUAUAGAUUAGAUUUAAAAAUUCAAAGUCUAUUAUUUUUUGAGAUUACUCACCUAUCUGAAAUACUUGCAAAGCAAUAUGACUAUUUAACUACGAUUGAAACUUAAAAUUUGUAAACAUAACCUAUGCCGGUUUAAGGAUUUCUAUAUUUUGUUUCAGAAUGGGUGUCACGAUUUUACAGCAGUAUCCAGUUCCGGAGAACAAAACUGGCACAUUUGUGAUAGACUUGCUCACAAAAAGAUUGCUGGCGCUGGGAGCCACACAACAGGGACAAUUUCUAGUUGAUUGUGAGAGCUAUCUCUCUCUCCCUCAAAUGGGUCCAACAAAAACAGUCCACGUGUUACACAACUCUGAACAGCCAGCAUCUGUAUUUUCAAUUCUUGAGAGUGGCUCAAAGAACAUCCACGUAGUAGCCGACAGUCUUUUCGACCUGCUGAUGAUGAAGUUGAGCAACAUAUACACAUCCAAGAAGCAAACUAAGAUGGAAAGUAAGGGCACCAGACUGGAGUUGGGUGACUUCUGUGUGAAACUGGGCUCUGUCACCAUGAACCAGAGCUUUAAAGGGGUGCUUAUUGAGGUGGAAUAUCGGCCAUGUGUAAUGGCGAAUGCAGUAUGGGGUCUCCUCCGAGAGUUCCUGCAGGGUCUUUUGGGACCCUCGGUGCCUGUGCAGCCACCGCAGCACUUCCUGAGCAGGAUGAAUGAGAUCUACACCCCAAUAGACACCAUAUACCAAUAUCUAGAACAUUUUAGUGCUUUCAGAAAAUCAACCGGACUUAGAAGUGCAGUAUAAGUGCAAAUUUUCUUAGAUACAAGUUAUAUAUAAGUUUUAAAUAUGGCAUAAAAUGUGCAAAUCAUAAAUACCCUGGACAAGUAUUUGUCGUGUUGAUCAGUUUCUGGAAAUAUUGUAUUAGUUGUACAUAGCUAAUAAGUAAAACGACAUAAGAACAGUUAAAUAGGCACAUUUUUAAUGAUGGUUUCUGUAAUUGUUUUUCCAAAAACAUACCUAUAAAUAAAAUUGAAAUGUGAUUGCAAAAUAACUAUGUUUUCAUGUGUUUAUAGUUAUUUACUCAACACUAAAACACAAUCAAGUUUUGAUUGCACAAUCAAGCAAGUAAAGUUUACAUACAUGUAAUAAUACUUUAUUUUAAUAAUAAACAAUUUGUAUGAUCAAUAUGUUUUGUAUUACUCAGUAUUACUUUAUCAAGUAAAUACAUUAAAUUUAAAACAUUUAAUUUAAUUAAUAUUCUAAAUGCCUGUUAUCAGAUAAUUUAGAAAAUUUUUUGGUAUCCAGGUUUCCUCACGAUGUUUUUCCUUCACCGUUUGAGACGUGUAUUUCUGUAGAUGCACAAAACUGAAAAGAUGGAGGUGAGACCGGAUUCAAACCUACGCCCUCCGAAUCGAAGGCAGAGUUCAUUUCCGCUUGGCUAUCAUGUCUCAUGUUUUGUUAUUACACAAAAACAUCCUAUGCAUAAGAUUAACAUGUCUGUAAAUUAUUCUCCAGUUAAAGUUUACUUAUACUUUGUUUUCAUAAUAAACAAUUUUGUCUGACCAA